GUUGAUUGUGUUCCUUUUCAUCCAGAUCAAUUCGGUUAAACAAUUAACAUUUUGACUCUCAAACUAAUUAAUUACCAUCAUCUAAGUUUAUUCUAUUUGAAUCGUAAAUCAGUUUGUCUUGUUUUUCUGUUCUCAAUAAGAAGUGAGUCCAAAAAAUGCCAACUAUUAUUCUACUUGAUGUUUCUCUCUCAAUGUGUAAAACUGUGGUUCUUCAAGACACUAAUGAAAUUCAAUCGAUUAAAAGUUUGGCCAUUCAGGGUCUUAAUCAACUACUGGAUUACAUAUCUGCCAAUUGUCGCCUUGAGUUGAUCUCUUUGAUGUUAUAUUCUUCUCUAUGGGAACGGAGUCUAUCUUUUACUCGUGACUAUGAUGCCAUUAGAACAGCUCUUAAUUAUUUGGACGAGGUUUACGAUAAAACAAAUACAAUUAACGCUUUAAGAGGUGUUCAAGAUCUGGUCCAUGAAGAAUGGGGAAGUAACGUUCCAUGUAAUAUUAUAUUGGUAACCGAUGGUAGUCCAGGUAUCUCGUCCUAUUCAGAGGCAGAAAAUUUCGAGAAAUGUUUGUUUAAAUUUAAUUUUCCUGCUAAGCUUCACAUCGUUAGCUUAUCCUCACCUAAUGAGCCUUUUGCUCAACAAAGAGUCGCCUAUUAUAAGAAGAUUUUGGAAGUCCUAAUGUCCGAUUCAAAGGUUGACAUCAAUAAUCAUCUAUUGAUGCCAGAGACAAUGUCGUUAAAGUAUUCAAAGAUUUUCCAAUAUCUUGGUGAAACCAAUUAUACUCCUUAUCGUGGUCGUUUACAUUGUGGAAGUCUAAAUGGCCCGAUCAUGUUGUUCCCAACCUUAGAGGGUUACACACAAAAAAAUGAUUUCGAGACAAUCAAAAUUGAACCAUCAAGUGAUAUAACAGUUUGUGGCUUCAUGAAUAUCAAUGAAGUCUCAAGUCCACCAGUUCACAGUCGACAUUUAAUGUUCAGUACACCAUUGACCAAAGAUGAUCUUCAACGUUUCCAUUCAAUUACAACUGUUAAAACCGCUUCAGAUUUUGAUCUUAAUCCAUCGACUACUUUUGAUUUGGAAGAAGCUUUAAACACGAUAUUACUUGAUGAAAGUAAACAACCAUCUCUUUGUGUUCUACUUCAUGGUGCCCUUAAAGUUGAAGGAAUGGUCGCUAUUUGUCGACUUGCUGUUAAUUGGUACGGGAUGAUUUACUCUUGGGCAGAUAGUAAAAAGAAAUCAAGUCUCAUGUUUUCAACAUUUAAUGCUGGUUUAGACUGUGUUUCUUGGCUCGGUAAUUUAUCCAUGUUGGGAUUUCCACAAUUAAGCCCCAAGGGAGCUGUCCAAGAGCCAGGAAAAAGCAAUGAAAGGAAAAGUUACUCUUCUUCUUGUGUUGUAUGGAUAAAACAAUCCAACCUCCAAUCAGAUAUUCAAAAGGUUCUAAGAUUAGCGAAAAAAUUACCCGAAAAAACACCCAACUUUUACAAAGAAUUGAAUAGAUUCCGAAAAGCUGCUCUGGUCUCGGGUUUCUAUGAGAUUAUUGAUGGAAUGGCGGCCAUAUUGGAAAGAGAAUGCACCUUGUUACCUGGUGGAUCUAAUCCAGAAGCUGCCCUACAAUUAACUCAUGCAGCUCAAGCACUAAGAACCCACAAAGAACCAAAUUCAUAUGAUUCUGUGAUAACACCAAUGAAAUCAAGAUUCACUUCUUAAUUGUAAAACAAAUCGACAAAAAGUCAACCUGCCACAAAGUUCAUUGAUCAUUUCUAUCCUCUUAUAACUUCAUCAUCCUUUUCUCAUUUCAUAAUAAAUUUCAAAUAUUAUUAAUUGACAUCAUUUAUAUAUAAUACUAUCGAUUUCUCAAAUCCAUCAUCCCUUUAAAAUUUAUAAUAUAAAUUAUUUUUGUAAUUAGAUAAUUAAAUGAAAUCAGUGGAUCA